GCUUGUUCUUUCACCAGAACACGCGGUAUCGUGUCCGCAGUUGGACGAUUCGCGGAGGGAAAAACUCAAGGCGAUCCCGGUCUUCCGAGUACUGAAAAUUUUCACAACGUGUCUGAUGUGAAACCAGUGAUACUCGGCAACAAACAAGAUGGCAAGAUACGGGCAGCGACCCGAAAAUGCUCUGAAAAGAGCCAACGAGUUCAUCGAGGUUGGAAAACCGGCGCGGGCAUUAGAUACCCUUCAGGAAGUGUUCCGGAACAAGAAAUGGACGUACAAUUGGUCGGAGUCGGUCCUGGAGCCGAUAAUGUUCAAGUACCUGGACCUCUGUGUGGAGUUGAAGAAAUCUCACAUAGCAAAGGAGGGUUUAUUCCAGUACCGGAACAUGUUCCAGUCCGUCAACGUCGGGAGUUUGGAAAAUGUGAUUCGCGGGUAUUUGCGGAUGGCCGAGGAGAAGACGGAGGCCGCACGAAAGCAGAGUCAGCAGGCAGUCAUCGACAUUGAUGAUUUGGACAACCUUGCGACCCCGGAAAGUAUAUUGCUGUCCGCGGUUAGCGGUGAAGAUGCGCAGGAUCGCAGCGACAGAACAAUCCUGACACCGUGGGUAAAAUUUCUCUGGGAAUCGUACUGCCAGUGUCUGGAAUUACUGAGGACAAACGCUCAUGUCGAGACACUCUACCACGACAUCGCAAGGAUGGCGUUUCAGUUCUGCCUAGAGUAUAACAGGAAGACGGAGUUCCGAAAGCUCUGUGAAAAGCUGCGCAAGCAUCUGGAAGAAAUCUGCAAGCUCCCGCCACUGGUUUCAAACGUCUCGAUAAACAAAGCUGAGACUCAGCAGCUGAACUUGGAGACCCGUCUGAACCAGCUCGAUUCCGCCAUACAGAUGGAGCUGUGGCAGGAGGCAUACAAAGCCAUCGAGGACAUCCACGGGCUGAUGAAUCUAUCUAAGAAACCUCCGGUACCCAAAACCAUGGCCAAUUACUACCAGAAGUUGGCUAUGGUCUUCUGGAAGGCUGGUAAUUACCUUUUCCAUGCCGCCGCCCUUUUCAAACUCCUUCAACUCUCGAGGGAGAUGAAAAAGAAUAUGUCGCUGGAAGAGCAGCAACGCAUGGCGAACCGAGUUCUCCUCGCCACGUUGUCCAUUCCUCUACCUUCCGCGCAUCCAGAAUUCGACCGUUUCAUUGAAACGGACAAAAGUCCGCUGGAAAAGGCUCAGAGACUGGCGGUUCUGUUGGGUCUCACUCAGCCACCGACCCGGGUUUCGCUACUGAAGGACAUCGUCAGGCUGAAUGUUGUCAAUCUGGCCUCACCGCACCUCCAGGACCUCUACUCAUGGCUCGAGGUGGAAUUCCAUCCGUUGGAAUUGUGCACCCGUGUUGAGACCAUCAUUCAGAGUCUACAAGCUGAUGAAAACAGCCCGUUGGUUCAGUACGUACCUGCACUACAGGACGUCACGUUGGUUCGUCUUGUUCGUCAGAUAUCGCAGGUCUACCAGACAGUUCAGUUUGCACGGCUGAUCGAGCUCGCCAAGUUCACGACCGAUUUUCACCUCGAGAGACUCCUCGUAGACUGCGUCAGGUACAACGAUAUGCAGAUAAGGAUCGACCACGGUAAGAAAUGCAUACAUUUCGGGGUUGAUCUCUCCGAAGCUCAGAGGGAGGAUCAUCCCGAUGGGCCAGUUCUUCAAGCCAUGCCUUCGGAGCAGAUUCGGUGCCAGCUGGUAAAUAUGGCAACGGUUUUGCACCGUGCGGUGGCGGUAAUUAAUCCGAAUAAGAAGAAGGUUGAGAGGGAGAAGCUAAGAACUCAGCUGGUGGCUCAUUAUCACGAGACGAAGGUGAAGGAACAUCAGAGGAUUCUUGGCCGGCACAAGAUCAUCGAGGAGAGAAAGGAGUACAUAGAACACAUCAACAAUGUCAGGGAGGAGGAGGAGAUGAGGAGGCAAGAGGAACUCCAGCGGCAGCAGAAGCAGGUUGAGCAGAAACGACUGGAGCUCGAGAGGGAGGAGAGAGAGAAGAAACGAUACCAGAGCGAAAUGCAGCAGAUCAAAGAGCGUCACCUCAAGGAGAGGAUGCAGCAGAUAUCGCAGACAAAGCACGGGCAGAGAGUGCUCUCCAAGUUGGACGGUGACGAGAAGCUGGACGCGGAACAGAUCGCGGUUCGCGAAGCGGAGGAACUUCAAAAGGAGCGUAGGGAAAUGCAGCAGAAGCUCAAAUCCCAGGAGAAGAAGGUCGACUAUUUGGAACGAGCCAAACGGCUCGAGGAAAUUCCACUUUUGGAGAAGGCUGUCGAGAAGAAGAACGAACUCGCUAAACAGCAAUGGGAACAGCAGGAGGCUGAGCGAAUCGCGGCGGCGAUCGAGGAGCGACAGCAGGCGGUAAAGACGCGUGAGCGCAUGGCCAGGAUGAAAGAGGACCACGACACGUUCUUGGAAAGGAUUCUAGCCGAGCGUAGGAACAUUUAUCUUGAGAAGUUGAACAACUACGAGGUGAUGAUACGCGAGGAAAGAGCCAGGCGACUCCUUGAGAGGAAAAUUGAACGCAAGGAGGAGCGCAGAAUCAAGUGGGAGAGAGAGAGAGCCGAGGCUGCGGAGCGCAAACGACUCGAAGAACAGCGAGCCAGGGAAGAGGAGGAGAGAAAACAGCUUGAGGAACUGAGACUCCAGCGCGAGGAGGAGGAGAGAAUAUUGCGAGAAGAGGAGGAAGCCAAGGAGCAGGAACGGAUGGCCAAGCUUGAGAGGCAGGCCGAAAUACGAAGGGCACGAGAGGCAGAAAUCGAGAGGAAACAGGAAGAGGACAGGGCCAAGUCGGCUGACACCUGGAGGCGUGGCGUAGACAGAGAAGUGCCGCGUGAUCGCGAUUUCAGGGAUGGACCGCGGGAUCGUGACAUCAAGGAAUCGACUCGUCUGGAUGGACCACCGCGCCCAUCCAUGGAUUCGUCCUGGCGCCGCGGCGACGCACCGAGGGAUGAAGGAUCCCGCGACGAACCUGAACGAUGGAAACGUCGGGAGCUUGAGACUCGGCGGGAUGAUGACAACGUCGAAGGUGGAUGGAAACGACGCGAGCCUGAGAGGCGUGAUAAUCGCGACGAGGACGACAGAUUCAACCGUCGUGAGCCUUUGAAGGAUGGCGAAGAAGGCGAAAGAUGGAAGCGACUGAAAGAACCGGAAGAGGGAGACCGAUGGAAGAGGCCGAUCAGAGACAGAGACGAUAAUCGGGAUCGGGAAGAUGGCGACAGAUGGAAGAGGCGGACUGAUGAUCGCGACAGAGAUCGUGGAGAAAGAUUCGAAAGGAGAGAACCUGGAGGACGAGGUGGUUUCGACAGGAUGAAUAGGGAUGAUCGAUCCGGUAUGGAUCGCGACCGUGAUCGUGGAGGCGAUCGUGAUCGAGACAGAGACCGCGGAAUGGGCGGUGGUGGCUCCUGGCGCGAAGCUCCAAGGGAAGCCCCAACUCCUCGUUCGGAGGGACCACCCAGAGGUCGCGAAGAACGCGGUGAGAAGGAUACGCGCUUCAGGCGCGACGGCCCGCCCAGAUCUUCCGGUAAUUUGGAAUGGCGACGUGGAGAUGCGCCACCUCCACGUGACUCACCGAGAGAUUCUUUAAAGAGAGAAGAAAGACGAGACGACAGAGAUCGUAAGGAAGAAAGACCGCCGCCGCGCCGGGACGAGCGAAGGGAACCACCGCCUGCGGAAAACGAGGGAUGGUCAACGGUGAGCAGGCGUUAGAAGAUGCGAACGCGAUUUCUAUUCCGCGACGCGAUUUGAACAUCAAGAUACUAAGAAUAUUAACCGUCUAACUGAGAAUAAUAGGUUUCCCUACCUUUUGCAUUCGGCCCCUUCCCCGUCAGUAUUGCAUGCCAAAGUGUAGCGUCUCCGAUCCUUAAAUAUUGUGCGUGGCAAAGAAAAAUUACUUCCAGAGCUUGGCCAAUUAUGAAACGUAUUAGCAACGAAGUUUUCUCAGUUUACAGACGAUUUUUCAAUAUUUACAGACGUAUCGAAAACGAUCGAGCACAUCAGUUGAUUAAACCGAAGUAGUUUUUUUUUUGUCAACUUCUAACUUCAUUCUCAUCUACAAUUGUUGCGAAUUGAACUUUUGAGUACAAGGUUUCGGCAACAGCUGCCAUGAAGUGAAAUCGUAAAGUCGUGCAAAAAAAAUCUGCUGUUUUCCACAAUAUUCAUUAGAUUAAUUUAAAUUUAGAAACAUUGAGGGGAGGGGUAGAAUUUGGAAGGAAACUAACCAUACGAUUUUCUUUGCUCAUGAGAUUAUCUUGGCUCUUCAUUUCUUGCUUUUUACUCUCACAAUCAGUCGUACGUUGAACAGCGAUAAGAAGAAACGAUGCAGUGAAAUUUCAAACGAGACUAUUUUCAUUUAUUUUAUAUUGAUUUGAUUUUCUAAAUUUCCUUCGCUUUUAUGAUAAGAGUUUUCUUUUUCUCUUUCAAACGACUCAAAACCUCGUAAAGAAAAAAAGAAAAUCUUUAGACCAUUUCUUUCUCACUCUGGUAUUUGCGGCUCGAAUCCUGUGUUUUUUUUUUCUUCUUUUUUUCUGUUUUCGGCAUUCGAUUGGUGAUUCGAUGAGUCUAACUAACAUUUUAAAAAUUAAUUACACAUAUACAUAUAUAUACUACUUUAAUUAAUUAAUUAACGAUAAUAUCGAUGUAUUAAGCAAAUUCGAUGAUUGGUUUCCUUAAAUUUAGUCGUAUCAAUUCGCCGAGUCACAGUCUGGCUGUAUUCCUGUGAUCCGGUCGAUAUAUACAUACAUAUAUAUUAUGUUUAUACGAUCUUUUACGUUAUACAUUUAUUAAAGAAAUGUCUGUGAGUGGCUGAAAAAUUCACGUACGAAACGCGGCAUCGAAUUCGACUUAUUAUUAUCGGAUAUUCGUUAUGCUCGAGAUUUUUGUCGCGUUCGCACGAGAUAAUAAAGUUCUCUUAUAUCCUA